GCCGACGAACAGAUCCUACCGCCUAGCCAUGCCUUGUUGGGGCUCUCGCGCGUUCUCGAUCCCAACGACGUUCGAAUCAUGGAAGCUGACGUUGGAAUCUCGCAAUACAUUGGCAAUGACAUACCGAGAAUAGACGGCAUAAUCAAACAGAGAUUCACGGAUUUCCUUGUCAAUGAGGUCGACCUCGAUGGCAAUGUUAUUCAUCUGAAGUCACUUGCCCCGCCUGAAGUAUUGCCUUCGAAAGGCGACAAGGAUCAGGCAACUGCGCCGUCGGCAGAGCCUAUCGCGGACAAAGCUGCCGAUUCAGAAAAGCCUCUAGAGGACGUUAUCAUGAUAAGUCCUGUUGCGGAAACACCGGCCAACGAAGCAAUACCAUCGCAACAAGAUGAGGGUCCUUGGCCUGAGCGCUUCACGUCCGCUCUCAAACCCUUACUGUCUGACGAGAAUAUCGAAAAGCUGAAGACCAUGUACCUGGAGGGACCGGAGCCGCCUCUUGUCAGUGAUAGCGGAUGGGCAGGUCGCGCCGCGAAAGUCGCAGAUGGGGAAGGCAAGGCAGAGCCCCCCGAGACGUCCGCGGCAGAGGCCGCUGAAGAUCGGGGGAAAGGUAAGCGAGGCAGGGGACGCGACCGUGGUGGUCGAGGCGGACGAGGCGGAAGAGGAGGACGUGGAGGGGGACGACUCGGUCAACGGGAAGACCACAGGAAGGUCUUGUCAGAUCCGAUCUCGUCCAAAGAGACCAGAACUGAGCUACACAAAAUAGUCCGAGAGCUGUUCAAGGGUAAAUUUGAGACGGAAACGGACCCGAAUACAACGAACGCGGAAGAUGGUUCGCGUAUCGUGAUCAAGUGGUUGAGAGGAGGUGGUGGUCGUGGAGGCGGUCGCGGUGGGCGUGGCGGCGGAGGUCGUGGCUCUCGAGGAGACUACCCUCCUUAUAUCCACUUCACGCUACAGAAAACAAACCGUGAUACGCAGGAUGCGCUCGGACAUAUCAGCCGAUCUAUCCACUGCGAUGUCAAAGACCUCGCCGUUGCCGGAACGAAGGACAAACGAGGAGUCACCGUACAACGCGUCUCUCUCAAACGUUAUAACAAGACGGUGGAAGACGUAUGGAAGAACAUGAAUGGGAUCACUGCUCGUGGAAGGACUAUAGAAGAAGCCACCACACAGAGAGGGGAAAGGGGGAUCCGCAUAUCAGAUUUUAAUUAUCGACGUGCAGGAUUGGAGCUUGGCAUGCUGAAGGGGAAUGCAUUCGUGAUCACGUUACGCAAUGUGCAGGUCGACUCGUUGGACACGAUCAAUCGCGCUAUGGAGACGAUGAAGACCAAAGGGUUCAUAAACUAUUAUGGAAUGCAGCGGUUUGGCACAGCGUCCAUUCCCACACAUUCGAUUGGUCUAGCGUUACUAAAGUCGGACUGGCAUCGUGCCAUAUCGCUCAUCCUUCGUCAUCGACCCGGCGAGCAUCCUGACGUAGAAGCCGCUCGCAGUGCUUGGCUCAACGACGGCGACCUCGAUACCGCGCUUGCACUGAUGCCUAGACGCGUCGUGGCGGAGCGAUGCAUCCUAGAAAGCUAUAAGAAGCAAAAGGGAGACACUCGAAAUGCCAUGGGUGCGCUCUCAACGAUUCCGCGCAACUUAAGGCUGAUGUAUAUCCACGCGUACCAAUCAUAUGUUUGGAAUGCCAUCGUUUCCGAACGGAUCAAAAUGUACGGUGCAAAUCGACCGGUCGCCGGCGAUCUUGUCUUUGAAAAGAUCAAGGAUAAAGAGCCUGAGAACGACGAGACGGAGGAUACGGAUAUGGCCGUCGAUCCCACAGAAGCUGACUUGUCUGCAGACGGGAAAGCUUUGCCUGAAGCAGCCGAUGAAUCCCAGAGCAAAGCUGGCAAGCGGAACCGCAAGCGAUGGGAGCCACCCAAGGUUAAGACGUUGACCGAGGAAGAUCUCGAUCAGUACACAAUAUUUGACGUCGUUAUGCCCUUACCGGGCAGGGAUGUGGCUUAUCCUGGCGGUGCCCUUGGCGAGCGCUACCAAGAGCUGAUUCGGGCGGAUGGACUCGAUCCUCACGACUGGUCCCGCAAACAGAAGGAGUAUAGUCUCGGCGGUUCCUAUCGCAAUAUCGUUCACCUUCCAAAGGAGCUCUCUUGGUCCGUGCUACGAUACACGGACCCUGACGUGCCGUUAGCGCAAGCCGACGAAGAUAAGUUACUCGGAUUCGAACCUCCAGUGAUCGAAGAGGACGGCCGAUUCCUGGCCUUGCAGGUUCGGCUAACUCUUGGAACGGCUGCAUACGCCACGAUGGCGCUUCGUGAAGUCACGAAGACGGAAACAAGCUCUCAUUUCCAGACGACUUUGACUCAGGCCUCCGAGGACCAGAAGUUCAAGGGCGCGAUCGAAGCGGUCGAUGACUCCGGCGUACCAGGCGCAGAGUCAUAGCCGAGGGGCUCUCUAGUGUAGAAUCGCCACGUAUUUCCACGUUGCUCUGACGUCGCAUUG